UCCAAGUGGGAGGAGCCACCGCAUCUCGGAACGCGCCGAGUAUAUGAGCACCGGGUCCGCCCGCCACUGUCCCACCGGCCUCCCUAGCUCGCGCGGCUCCUCAUCACUUCUCGCCUCGCCCGGAAAGCUAUGGCCCUGCGCUCUCCCCGGCGCUGAGCGUAACGUGGCCGCCGUACGUCAAGCUGCUGCCUACUAUACUGCCAGGUGCCAGCCAGUUCGAGCCGCGGGAGCUAGCUAGCUAGCUGUGGAGGAUGGCGCACGAUCCGAGCCUGGCGUACGCGGACUACUUCGCGGCGGCGGGCGGCGUGGCCACGCUCGUCCCGGAGGUGGACGCGGCGGGGGAGGACGAGGGCCACCUGUACGGCGGCGUGCACGCGCACCACCACGGGCUCGAAAUGUUCGGGGCCAGAGGCCUCGUGCCGGGCGCCACGGUGGCGGCCGCGGCGCACGGCAAGGCCGCAGCCGCGCUCGGGGAUUUCGGCCUCGGCGCCGAGCACCAGUACCGCCUGCUGGGCCACAGCCAGCAGGCGCCGCUGACGUCCCUGUCGCUGCACGGGUCCGCCGAGGCCGCGUCGCUGGCUCUGCACCACCACCAGCUUGGCGGCGGCGGCGGCGCGCUCAGGCAGCACCAGCCGGCGGCGUGGCCGCAGCAGCCGCAGCAGGGCGGCGCGUGGCACCUGCGCGGCUCCAGGUUCCUGCGCCCGACGCAGCAGCUGCUGCACGAAUUCUGCGGCCUCCCCGUGGAGGCCACCAGCGCGGUGGCUUCCAAGCCGCCGGCGAAGCCGGGGAGCGAGGACCGCGCCGGGGAGGGGUCGUCGUCCUCGGCCCCGUCGGCGCAGAUCCAGGCCAUGGACGCCGCCGAGCUGCAGAGGCUCAAGGCCAAGCUCUACGCCAUGCUCCAAGAGGUGGAGAGGAGGUACCGGAGGUACCGCGAGCAGAUGAGGGCGGUGGCGGGGUCCUUCGAGGCGGUGGCCGGGGAGCGGGCGGCGGCGGCGUACACGAGGCUGGCGUCGCGGACGAUAUCCAAGCACUUCCGGAGCCUGAGGGACGGGGUGGCGGCGCAGCUGCAGGCGGUGCGCCGGGCGCUCGGCGAGAAGGACCCGGACGGCGGCGCCCCGGGGGCGGCCGGGAUGGCCAACAAGGGGGAGACGACGCCCAGGCUGCGGGUGCUCGACCAGUGCCUGAGGCAGCACAGGGCGUACCAGGCCGGCGUUCUCGAGAGCCAGCCGUGGAGACCGCAGCGAGGGCUGCCGGAGCGCGCCGUCUCCAUCCUCCGGGCCUGGCUGUUCGAACACUUCCUGCAUCCGUAUCCAAGCGACGUGGAUAAGCACAUCCUGGCGCGGCAGACGGGCCUAUCACGCAGCCAAGUCUCCAACUGGUUCAUCAACGCGAGGGUGAGGCUGUGGAAGCCCAUGGUGGAGGAGAUGUACGCGGAGGAGAUGAAGGGCCCGCAGGAGGGCGCCUGCAGCAACGCUAACGCCGCCGCGAACGACAGCAGCAGCGCGAACCCUAGCGGCGGCUACGGCGGCGCCGAGGACGGCGGCGGCGAGCGGAAGCCGACGCGGGCGCAGCUGCAGGUCCACGACGACGCGGGGUCCCUGGCCUCCGUCGUGAGCAUCGGCAGCGGCGGCAGGGGCCCGCAGAACAUCGACUUCGGCAUGAUGGACGGCCACCUCGACCUCGGCGCGUACGGCGACGCCGCCCACGCCGCGGGGGCCGGGCACGGCUUCGGCGGCGGCGUGUCCCUGACGCUGGGGCUGCAGCAGCACGCCGGCGACCCGCACGGCGGCGUGAACGUCGCGUUCGCGGCGGCGCAGUCGUCCGCGGCGGCGCAUGAGUUCCUGUUCAUGGCGGGCGGCGAGCAGCAUCAGCAGCAGCAGAUGGUCGCGGGCGGCGGCGUCGUCCACGGUCACCAGGGCCAGUUCGGCGCCGGAAUGGACGGCGACGACGCCGUGGCCGCCUCGCACUACCACCACCGGGGCAUCAGCGCCGCCACGGGGUUCCAGCUCCUCCACGACCUGGCCGGCUGAUGGCAUGAUGAUUUGAUUAGCACGAGCGGGCUGCGUGCUUUAAUUUGCUUUUGGAGGUUCACGCGGUGGUUGACGGGGAUGCGCCAACGGCAGCGAACAGCAGCUAGCGGAUGGCAUUGGGCAUGGGGCGCAUGGCGCGAGCGCAGCUUGUGCGCCUCUUGUUUUUUUUUGAGAUAGUACCACCUUCAAUUAAGAAAUAUAGUUGGUACAAACUCUAUCAGAAGGAGCAAGAAGCCGACAUACCGUCCUACAGCUUCAUAGAUCGAACUUCUAGCUAGUCUAUGAGCAUCAACAUUAGAACUCCGACUUUCGUGAACAAAUUGAGCGUCCACAAAC